AUGACUUUGCUCUUCGGUCGGUUCCAGGGGACUGUGGGCAUGGCCUCAUUGCUUGUGGAAAAGGGCGACAGGGUGAUGUGCCUAGCUGAUGAACAAGAUGUGGUGGCUGAUGCAACCCCAUAUCCACAUAAGGGAGAGUCUCGGUCAAUGCCUCGCAACGCAUCAAAGCCGGACUUCCUGAGCGCCGCCGCGCCUUCCCCCACCACCAACCCGCCUGCUGGAGGAUUUGACGAUCACGUGAUAAUGUUUAUCGGUUCGCUUCGGGCCUAG